GUGAAUAAUAUAGAAAGUUUAAAUGCGAUUUUUUAAAAGACAGUCGUUAAAAAAUAUGUGUCCAGACAAACAAAGAGCAUAACGAGUGGGUUUAUGGUUUCAUAUUUAAACUGCUCAAUCUCAAAUUUACAGAGACAAAAUUGUGUCAAAUUGUUGGCCUGUGUGAUCUAAACUCUUGAGAGUCGUGAGUAGCAAAUUAAGCAAGAGGACCAUUGGGGCUGAUAUUCAUCAUUUCGACUGAAACCUAUUAAAAUGUUUUAAACGCUUAUUAUUUGGCGCCAUCGUGUGGCCUCUGGUGUCUCAUGCAAUGGACGUGAUAAAGCCGGAAGAGACGUCCGUGUUUACUGUAUAUGCAGUGGCAUAAAUGGACAUAAUAUAAAAUCCCAUUUUGCGAUGAAUAAGAAAUCGGAGAGGAGAAACGCAGGGUUUUAAAGACACGCGGGUGCUUCAUAUGUGCAAUGGGAAUUGAAGUCUGUCUAUAUGUGCCAAAUGUUAUUGGGUACAUUCGGAUUCUGCUUGUACUGACUGCCUGGAUUGUGUACGAUGACCCAGCGAGAUUUGUACCUUUGUAUGUGGUAUCAAUAAUAUUAGAUGGACUAGAUGGCUGGGUGGCACGUCGGCUGCAUCAGACCUCCAGGUUUGGAGCUUGGCUGGAUGUGGUCAUUGACAACAUGGGACGUGGAAUGCUCUGGAAUAUAAUUUAUGAUUGGGGCUGGUUGGUGUCUUCAGUAGAGUGGUGUGCGUUUGUGUGCAACCACAGUGCUCAAGGUGCCCAAUGGAAGAAUUCUUUCACACAGAGCCCGGCCUGGGUUCAAGCAGUGAUGGCAAAGGGCUUCAAGACUCCACUGGGUAUUUUGACAAUAGCAGGUAUCCAUGUUUUGCCCGUGUGGCUGUACUGCUACCAGUAUGAUAUGCUGUCCCAGGCUCUCCGUGUCCCACACAGCCUGCAGAUUCUUGGGAUUCUGGUGCUGGCAGCUGGACGUGUGCUGGGUUUAGCAGUUGAGAUGUGGUGCAUCUUUACCCAUGUGAAAUUGUUAGUGUUGAAUGAAGAGGAGGAAAAGAAGGACUAAGACGACUGGAAAGUGUUAGUUUGGAUAUUGUUUGCGUUUAGGGUGAUUAACUUGAAAACAAGUAAAGGGGAAUGUCUUGUAUGAGGCUACUGCUCUAAUAAGCA